CUGUGGCAUAUCUUCGACAUCCUCCUCGCUACUGCUAACCUUAUCACCAAACAAGGCCUGUUCAGAUACAGUUGUAUCCUGAGCAGAUGUAGCAGAUAUGCACGUCUUAGCAUUUAUGGGUAG